UUUAGGGAGGGAUCUUUGUGUGUAGUAGAUUGACUGUGGUGUCCUUUGUGAAUUUUGAAUAGGUAAGUAGCCUUUUAGUUUUACAUCACUAAAACUUAAAAGACUUUAAUUCACAAGUUGAGUCUGAGAACUGGAAUAGAAAGACUAGAUCUUUCUUUUGCAGUACACCAGUAAUGAAUUGGUUCAGUCAUAAAAUCACUGCAAAGCAAUCAUAACAUGUAUACUGCCAGCAAUUUAAAAAAAAAAAAAACUGUCCAAAAAACUCCAAAUUAUGAUGCACAAUAAAAACUACUGGAUGUAUUUUAUUGCAAACUAAAUGAAGCACACUGCUUCAUGUAAGUUUCAUGUUGUCCCUUGUGAUUAGGGUAACUGAUGAUGCAAGCACCAUUUCCUACCAACUCUUUAAAAUGCUCAUCAGUCUUGCCCGGGUAAGAUGUAGAUCAGGACGUAGCAGGAAUUUCCUGAUGUUCCGCCUUGGCGGCCCCAGCAAUCCUUAGUCACUUGCUUUUUGGAGAGCGAGUGAGAGGACUAAAUUUUGGACUUUUGUUCACACUUUUCUUUGAUUUAUCUGAGCAAGAAAACAAGAUUUUAAAGGCUUAUCAAAGAGGUUCUGUUUCACAUGUCUCUGAGUCAGGUCAUUAAAACAUAAACCCUAUCACCACUUAAGGCAUAAACCCUGGACCAACCUUUGACCUGUAAUCUCACAAUGAGUCAUGGAUUGGAGAUAAAAACACAUUUAGUUUAUUUUUUUUAAAUCAGGGACAGCAUUUGCUCUGAGACGGACAGGUGAAUAGAUCUCCAGACUUUCAAGAAGCUACACCCACGACAGUGCUGCAAUCAUGGGAGAAUGGGACUUCCUCGGCGGACUCUUUCAAAGCCUUCAGAACCACUCGCCGAUGCUUGGUCGUUUCUGGCUCUUACUGAUGCUUGUCUUUAGGAUAGUGAUUCUUGGAACUGUAGCCAGUGACCUCUUUGAGGAUGAGCAAGAGGAGUUUGCCUGCAACACCCUCCAGCCGGGAUGCAAACAGGUGUGCUACGACCAGGCCUUCCCUAUCUCCCAGUACAGAUUCUGGGUGUUUCACAUAGUCCUCAUCGCCACACCUUCGCUGGUUUUCCUCAUGUAUGCCAUGCAUCACAAUAGCAAAAAGACCUCUCGCCCUAAACUCACUGAGGACUACAGAGAAGAACGCCGUCUUAGGAGACUUUACAUUGUCAACGUGGCCUUCCGCAUAGUGGCAGAAAUAGGCUUUCUGGUGGGUCAGUGGCUACUGUAUGGAUUCAAGGUGGAGGCCCAGUUCCCGUGCAGCCGCUUUCCUUGCCCCUACACAGUGGACUGCUUCACCUCCCGUCCCGCAGAGAAAACAAUCUUCCUAUGCUUCUACUUCAUUGUGGGGGUGAUAUCAGCAAUUUCCAGCUGCCUAGAGUUUUUCCACAGCUCCGUUAAGUGGUUUUGCUUAAGGCAGGGUUCCCUCAAACGACAGCACUCCUAUGUCAGCCAGAACCUCCACAACAUAAAGCAAGAGGAAGAGGAGGGACUAGGAGGAAAGUCGGUGUCAAGUGCACCCAGCACCAUGAGACUGAAAAAGGGACCACAGAGGAGCAGUGCAAAUAGGAAGGUCUCCAGCAUCGGCCACAAGCCAAAGGGCAGCAAAUAUGUGAGCAACAGGACAUUCGUGGUAUGAGAGAGCUUAAUUCAAACAUCCCAGUUUCCAUUUUCAUCUAAGUGUUAUAAUGAUAUGACAAAUUCCCGUAAGCCAUAUCCUAAAGGGCUUUUUGACUGAAAGUGUUUUAUGAUAGGAGACAUCAUAAGGAAAACCUUGGAGUCUUUUGAGAGCAGGAAAUAAUCAAAGACGUGAUAAGACUGCUGGCUUUGAUGAGGAAGAUUUACAUUGUUGACUUGUUUGUUAUGAUCAAUGGUUUGGGCCAUGAAUAGCUCAGGAAGGGGAAAAGCCUUUGGAUUACAUUUGAUACACUGAUUGUUAUUUUGUCUAAAAGACUGCAGGCUGAUUGUAUACUCCCGUACCACACCCUUCUUAAAGGAAAAAUCCACCAUGAAACAGCAGUUAGUGAACAAUGUAUCUAUACAUGAAGAUGAAGGAGAACUCUUUUCUGAACUUGGUUUUGCUGAUUUUUUUUUUUACACUUAGGCUACUUGUUUUCUUCCUGGGAGUUAGAGAAACCCAAGAUUGAAACAGGGCCAAACAGCUGGCCUGGCGUUAUGUUUAGCUCAUCAAACCUGUCUAACAGCAUGCAUUAUGUUUAACAACUCGAGCAGUAACUUUCUGGAGCUAGAUAUUUUUCCAGUCUUUGUGCUAAGCUACGCAAACCUUCUCAUCGGACUCUCAGCAAGGAAGCAAGUAGCCUCCGUGUAUUUCCCAAAAUGUUGAACUAUUUUUUUGAGUGUGGUUAGCUGGUGUGACAGCUGCAAUGACAUGGAAGUGUUCGAUUCUACAUUGAGGUAUUAAUGCAAAAUAUUUGCACACACGGUGUAUUCGAUAGUGAGACUUACAGCAUACAUUUAAAGUAUACAUUUAUCAAGGUUGUUAUCUUGUCCUUGCUUAAAGGGACACAAUUAAGUGGCAUUGCUGAUUGCACAACCUUCAUCUCACCCUCUACUUCUUACCAUAAAGGAGAAGUUUGUACUGGAUUUAAGAUUUUAAGUAUCACUUUUUAUUAAGGCCACCUUUAUAAGAGGUUCUUACUAAUGGCUUUUUAAUGGUUUGCUAAAUCUUUAUGCAAACUUUCUAUAAGAACAAGUUGUGGGUUGUGAUUUUAAAAGAUCUCUUUGACUUAUUUGACUAUAUGUUUCCCUCUGGAAAAGGGCUGCAGGUAAUUAGAACCAAACUCCUUUUAUUAACAACUUAUUAAGCAUUUAUUAAAAAGUACUUACACAACCGUACAACAAUACAACAGAAGUCUGUAUCAUAUUAUAUAAUCUUACUAUAUAUCUUUUUAGUAAAUUCCAUUAUACAGAUCGUACAGUAUAAACAUUUCAUUGAAUAACAUCCAUUGUAUUGUGAUUAUGAUGAAGUACGCUAAAAUUCUUUUUUAUAAUUUUUUUUUAAAUAAAUGAUAUCUUUAACUUGAAUGUGGUCAUGUGAACAAAGACUGUACUUCAGCUGCGCACAAAACGCAGCUGGCUGAUUGGGUCUUACUUUGCACAUGUACUUCUGCUA